AUGGAUCCUCAAGUGCUUGCUAAGAUUGUACAAGCUUUGAACAUAAUCCAUAGUCCGCAUGUGUCAAAUGAAGAGAGGAUCGAAGCACAAAAGUAUUGCAAUACAAUUAAAGACUACCCAUACGCACCACAUUAUGGUCAGUUCUUGGCUACUAAAAAUAACGGGCAGUCAGAUAUAGUCAGGCACUUUGGAUUGCAGUUAAUAGAAAAUUCGGUUAGAUUUCACUGGAAUAAUUAUGAUCAAUCAGAAAGAGAACAGAUAAAGCAAUACGUAAUAGAUUUAGUUCAACAGGGAACCCACGAUAUUUUAACGGAGAAAUUGUUUAUCAAAGAGAAACUGGCAAAAUUAUUAGCCAAUAUUGUAAAACUUGAGUGGCCAAUUCGUUGGACAGACAUGGAUCAAUUGUUACAUAAUCUUUAUAUUGCCGGCCCGACCACACAAGAACUAGUACUGAUAAUAUUUCGUUGCUUGGCCGAGGAAAUAGAUCUGCGAGAUUCUUUAACCUGUAUAGUAGGAAGUUCAUCUGCGUUGCAAGCCAAAUAUCCGGAUGGCGUAAAGAAUGAUAGUUCACGUGCAGGUGAACUAACAAUAAUGCAAGGAGAACCUAAUAAUGAAGGAUGGUUAGUGAGGUGGAUCAGAUCUCUUGAACAGUUAAUAACGGAGUGGCAAUAUCAGUCGCCUACUCUCUUAAUUCAUGAGAGGCUUGCGAUUGCAACUAUUAAUGCAAUAACUACGCACGUGGAAUGGAUUUUUGCAAAAGCCAUAGUUGAAGCAAAUACAGUGUUGACGUUGACGAAUUGUUUGUUGAGUGAUUGCUAUGGAAUAAAGAUGGAAGCGAUUGAGUGUUUAUCCGUUGUCCUUUCUCGAACCUUUCAAACUCCGGAAGAUCGAGCAUCUAUUAGUGAGCCAUUUUAUGAGCAUAACGGUUUGGACCUACUGAUAGCCGUAUAUAGCAAAAUACAACCUCCUGGGCAAAUUAUAUUGCUAGAUGAGCAUGAAUACAAAUUUUUGAAGAAAUUUGUAGAGGUGAUUGUGGAAAUAGGAGAAAAACACAUUUGCUUCAGGAACAAUACGUCGAUACCUAAACAAUUUCCAAAAUAUUUAGAGUUAGUCUAUGAGAUCUCAAAACACCCAUCGAAUGUGAUUGCGUCAACAACGACAGUAUUUUGGCAGUCAGCAUUGAAACACCCACAUAUCUCCAAGGGCUUCAAUGAGCAAGAGGGGUUAUCAAUAAUGCUCCUGGAAUUAUUCGCUGAGAGGCUUAAAAUUCUUUUUCAACCAGAGGACGCUGAUAAUGAGAUUACCUAUUAUAUCGAGCUUGAUGGGUACUCUAGUGAAUAUCGGAUUUUUGCUCAGACACUUCGUGCGAAAUUGAUCGACACAAUAAAAGCCAUCACACUUAUGAAGGCGAUUCCAUCGUUCAAUUGGAUGGUUGAUAGAGUCCAACGAACAUUGAAUGUGAACCCCGGUCCUACGGACCUCGAUGAGAGUGGUGUGUGCAAGGUGGAUAGUCUGUUUUAUAUCACUUUUGAAGCAGAGAUGACGUUAAUGGAUUCUAUAGUUAUGGGGAUGGGAAAAAUCUUCAAACUCAGUGAAGAUCACAAUGCACAAAAAACUCAAAUCACAAGUGACCUGAAAAAUUUAUUGCAAAUGCUAUUAAGUCUUGAUUAUUCGGACGUCGUGAUGACGCAUCGGUAUUUAGCAGCUUUAGUUUCCUUUGUAGAUUUAUUAAUUAUUGAUUCAUCAUUGCUGUUUUCUGUUCUUCAGAAGAUUUUUACUUUUGCAGUAUUUCUUCCUCCUGAGUAUACUGUUUCAGCUGCCACUCCUUAUCUCCCCAUACCUAUUCAACGUCUACGAAGUGGGGCGAUUAGUACAUUGAUAAAAUUUGGUUCUGCAAUGCCUGACGUAUUGAUGAAUAUAUAUACAGAAAUUUAUAACUAUGUAUAUGAUCUCGUAAGCAACCGCAGCAACAUGGUGACGGGCAAAGAGAAAAGCACUUUGCAAGAGUUUUUAUUGUCCAUCAUAUAUUAUUCUAGUCAACCACUAGAACAAAAACAACUACUAUUUGACCCUAUAGUUUCUGCAACUAUAAACGAAUGGAAUUCACCGCAAUUUUCUCGUUUCGUUGGUCCCUUACCACAAUUCUGUGAUGCUUCUGGAAUUAAUUUUCUAUCAUCUGUUGUCAAUGAGAUGAAACAGAACGGUACUUACAUCAAAAGUGCAGAUAUUGAAUCUGUGCCUAGUGGGAUCGUGGAUCAAUAUAAAAUGGAUAGAAAUAAGUUGGUAUGGCUAGAAAAUACCACGUUAAUUUGGCUUCGUAGGACUACUGAUAAUACUUCAAAGAAAACUACGGAUUUAACACUGUCGAGGGUAGACGCAAGCUUGUGGGGGAAGUAUAUUCCUACUAUCUUGUCCACAACUUUGUCAUUGAUAAGAUUACUCCAUCAAAUCUGGAAUAUCGAAACGUGGAGAGAGAUGCCUAUUGAAUUACAAGAAAUAUUGGUGAUAGGUCCAGAAGAAAAGGCGAGUUUGUUAGGACAAUUGCAAAAAUAUCCUUUCACGGAUUUAUCUAAUAAGCCACAUACAAUAGCGGAUAUGAUGGAUCAAAUCCGAAAGUGGUUAAUAACCUUAAGGACGGAUUGUUAUUAUGUUCUCGGUCGUUUAACGGUUCUUGGUCCUACAUUUUACUCCAUUUCCGAUUCUCAUGAACCGCUUACUCAAGCAUUAUUUGAAAACGUCGAAAGCUUAAAUAAUAUUCAUUGGAAGAUGCUGCUCAAUAUCCUUUCUUAA